CGAAUUCCAGAGUCCAGAAAUUGCGAGGAGAGGGAAACUCAUUCUUGACGCUAAAACCUCCGCAAAGAAUGUUCUUCCACAUGGUAUUGGAGCGGAAUAUGCAGCUGCAUCCGCGCCACUUCGGCCGGAACCUCCGCGACAACAUCGUAUCAAAGCUCAUGAAAGACGUCGAGGGGACUUGCAGUGGUAGACAUGGUUUUGUGGUAGCAAUAACAGGAAUAGAGAGCAUUGGGAAAGGAUUGAUUCGAGAUGGCACAGGGUUCGUGACAUUCCCUGUCAAGUACCAAUGUGUUGCUUUUAGACCAUUUAAAGGAGAGAUCUUAGAUUCUGUUGUUACAAUGGUGAACAAGAUGGGAUUCUUUGCUGAGGCUGGGCCAGUUCAAAUCUUUGUUUCGAACCAUUUGAUUCCGGACGAUAUGGAGUUUCAAUCUGGAGACAUGCCAAACUACAUAAAUCCAUGUGGAAGUAUGAAGAUUCAGAAGGAUAGUGAAGUGCGCAUAAAGAUAAUUGGAACCCGUGUGGAUGCUACAGAAAUUUUCUGUAUUGGUACCAUAAAGGAGAAUUACUUGGGUGUGAUGUAGGAUGAUCCUGCAACAUCUUAGGUGGUCGGAGGUGGGGAUGUUGAAACACAAGGGAGCUUCUGCCUGCAUCAUAUCUGUUUUUUCUUCUCCUGCUGUAUGUAUGGUUUUAGGUAAAUGGAAAACCUACCCUGAAUAAAACAGCCCACAACUAGGCCCCUGAAUCGACCGAAAACAGAUUGUUUUUUUUUUUUUGGUGCAGACCGAAAACAGAUUUUAUUUAUUUAUUUAUGUUGGUUCAAUUAUUAAUUCAUGCAAAGAAAAAUGUCAUUUUCGU